AUGACAAUCUCCAACUAUAAGGAAAUCGCAGCUCAGAAACUAGCCAAAAGGGACUCUUCCUUCAAGAAAGAAUGGCUUAUCCCUCAAGAUCAAUUACCAUCAUCAUCACAAGUCAAGGAUGUUUUGAAAUUUCCUAUUGAAUCUGGAUUUCUAACACCUCUUGAAAUUGAAAUCACUGAAUCAAAUGCCCUUGAGAUCCUAGCCAAUAUCAAAUCCAAAAGAUGGACUUCAUUCCAAGUUGCUAGCGCUUUUGGCCAUAGAGCCACCAUUGCUCAUCAGUUGGUCAAUUGUCUAAGUGAGGUGUUCUUCGAUGAAGGUUUACAGAUGGCUCAGGAACUAGAUGAAUACUAUGCUAAAACUGGUGAAUUGAAAGGUCCGCUUCAUGGAUUACCAAUCUCUCUAAAGGAUAAUUUAAACAUCAAGGGGCAUCAAACUACUAUUGGAUUUGUUGGAUUCAUCAACAAUCCUAUCCAGUUUGAACAAGAUGCGGUCCUGGUGGAGAUGUUGCGUUCAAUGGGUGCUGUUUUCUACGUGAAGACAAAUGUCCCAGUUGCCAUGAUGAUGCCUGAAUCUAUCAACCACAUAUAUGGCAAUACUGUUAACCCUUUCAAUAGGGAUUUGACAUGUGGUGGUUCGAGUGGUGGUGAAGCUGCAUUGAUAGCAUUGAAAGGUUCACCUUUGGGUGUUGGAAGUGAUAUUGGUGGUAGUUUACGUAUUCCAAGUUCUUUCCAGAAUUUGUUUAACUUGAAGGCAAGUUCAGGGAGAUUCCCAACUUAUGGGGCAAGAUCAGGAUUACCUGGGUUGGAAAGUGUUUUGAGUGUUAAUGGUCCAAUGUCAACGAGCUUAGAUACUUUGGAGCUAUACAGUAAAUGUGUUGUUGAUGGUGAACCUUGGUUAAAAGAUGGUAAAGUUGUUGAAAUUCCAUGGAGACAAGUGGAACUUCCUUCAAAGUUAACAUUUGCUGUAUGUUUUAGUGAUGGGGUUGUUAAACCAACACCACCAGUGACAAGAGCUUUAAAACACACAAUUGCAAAGCUUUUAGAACAAGGGCAUGAAAUAAUUGAAUGGGAACCAAAAGAUCAUGAAAGAUUAGCAAACAUUAUAACUGAAUUUUUCCUUAGUGAUGGAGGUGAAUAUUGUAAAAAAGUUGCUAAAUUAACAGGAGAACCAUUUUUCCCAUAUAUGGAGAUGUAUAAUACAUCAAAAGAGUUGGGAGUUUCGAAACUAUGGGAAUUACAUGCAGAAAGAACAUCUUUACAGAAGCAAUAUCUUGAUCGUUGGAAUGAUACAGCAAAGAAAACAAGAUCUGGUAAGCCAAUUGAUGGGAUAAUAUUGCCAGUGACGCCAUAUCCAACUGCAGAGAAUGGUAAGUUUAAAUAUGUUGGGUAUACUUCAGUUUUCAAUGCAUUGGAUUAUUCAGCUGGAGUUGUUCCAAUAACUAGAGCAGAUAAAGAUCUUGAUUUAAAAGAUGAAGAUUAUAAACCUGUUAAUGAUCUUGAUAAAGAGACUUUUAAUGAUUAUGAUGCUGAAAAGAAUCAUGGUGGUGCAGUUGCUUUACAAAUUGUUGGUAGAAGAUUUCAAGAAGAGAAGGUUUUGAAGAUGAUGAAGGUUAUUGCAGGAGCUGUUGAUACUGAGCACUAUUGGAAGUGA